GUACAAUAAACCUUUCCUGCUCUGUGCGACUUCCAAGACUUGAGGCAUAAAGACUUUUUUGACGCUUAAUUGCCAAAAGCGCUUUGAAGACGGAAGAGAUCGUUGCUCGAUCAUCAUGUACAGAGCUGCAGCUUCACGAAUCACGUCUCUGAAGGGGCGUGCAAACAAUGGGCUAUACAGAUUUGCAAGCUCUAGUGCUGUUGCCUCAAAGCAUAAAUCUUCUGGGGGUCUCUUUGGCUGGUUGCUUGGAGACCGUUCUACAUUACCUCCACUAGACUUUCCCCUGUUGGAUGUAAACCUUCCGCCUCCAUUGCCAGAUUAUGUUGAACCUGGUAAGACCAAGAUCACAACUCUGCCAAAUGGUGUAAAAGUAGCAUCAGAAACAUCACCGGAUCCUGCCGCAUCAAUAGGUUUAUAUGUUGAUUGUGGUUCAAGUUAUGAGACUCCAGAAACUUUUGGUUCUACCCAUCUGCUGGAACGUAUGGCCUUUAAAAGCACAAGAAAUCGAAGUCACUUACGUGUUGUCCGGGAGGUAGAGGCAAUUGGUGGCAAUGUGCAAGCCUCAGCUGCAAGAGAGCAGAUGGGCUACACCUUCAAUGCUUUGAAAUCAUAUGUUCCUGAAAUGGUGGAGCUGCUUAUCGACUGUGUUAGAAAUCCUGUUUUUCUUGACUGGGAGGUCAAUGAGCAGCUUUCAAGGGUAAAAGAUGAGAUUAUUGAAGCUUCCAACAACCCCCAUGGGUUACUUCUGGAAGCUAUCCACGCGGCUGGUUACUCUGGUGCCUUGGGAAAUUCUCUUGUAGCCCCGGAGUCUGCUAUAAAUAGUUUGAGUGAUACAAUUUUGGAGAAAUUUGUUUCUGAAAAUUACACCGCGUCUCGCAUAGUACUUGCAGCAUCCGGUGUUGAACAUGAGGAACUCUUAUCUAUUGCUGAACCACUUCUAUCUGACCUUCCAAGUGUUCCCCAUGAGGAGCCAAAAUCAGUGUACAAUGGGGGUGAUUAUCGUCAUCAAGGUGAUUCUGGGGACGGGAUGACACAUUUUGCUCUUGCCUUUGAACUCCCAGGUGGCUGGCGUAAGGAGAAAGAUGCUAUGGCCUUAACUGUUCUUCAGAUGCUACUGGGAGGUGGAGGGUCCUUCUCAGCUGGUGGACCUGGAAAGGGGAUGUACUCUCGGCUGUAUCUUCAGGUCUUAAAUGAGUAUCCACAGGUCCAAUCGAUUUCAGCAUUCAACAAUAUUUACAAUAAUAGUGCCAUAUUUGGCAUCCAAGCAACUACUGGUUCUAAUUUCGUGCCAAAAGCCUUUGAUAUUGCAGCCAGCGAACUGUUAGCCAUUGCAACGCCUGGAAAAGUUCAACAGGUGCAGCUAGACCGUGCCAAACAGUCAACAAAGUCAGCCGUGCUAAUGAAUUUGGAAUCCAGGGUGGUUGCUUCAGAGGACAUAGGCCGACAAGUUUUGACUUAUGGUGAACGGAAACCUGUGGAACAUUUCUUGAAAGCUGUGGACGAAGUAACUCUGGAGGAUAUAGCUUCAAUUGCACAAAACCUUCUCUCUUCUCCAUUGACAAUGGCAUCAUAUGGCGAUGUUAUUCAUGUUCCAAGCUAUGAUUCUGUCAGCAGCAAGUUUAAGUCCAAGUAACCAAUCAUUUUUGAUGAAUCUAUUUAGUCCCGCACGGAACAUAGAAAUUUCUAUCCUCAAGCCUUGUACACUUUCUUCUGAGAAUAAGAAAAAGCAUAAAGAUCCAGUUUAUCUCAAUAAUUGGUAAAUUUGAGCAACCCCCCUUUUUUGUCAAUACCCGAUCUCUAUUGAACGGUAUGUUUUGUUCCUUCUAUCUAAAACAGUGAAGUAUUUUUCAGUUAAUGGUUCCAUCUUGAUCAAAGUUCAUGUUCUGAAAGCAAUUUCAGAAUGUUUGUAUUUUGGAACAUUGUAAUUUGCAAGGCCUCUCUGAGCAACAAUCUGAGUUGAUUUUUUUUAAUCUUUAAUAAUAAAGUGCUGCUUGCAACACAUGCUCAA